CACCGGGUGCACCGCGCCUGGCCUCCGGCCUGCGCCCGCCUCGGAACCAGGGCCGUGGCCGGGUUGGCUGCCGGUGCCGCUACGGGAGCAGGCGGGAGGGGCGACAGCGAACCCGCGUUCAGCGCCGAGCGCGCUGCGGCGACCGGCUGCAGCGGAGGGAGCCGGGCCCGCUGCUCGGGGCCUGCCGCCGCCCAGCUGCGCGAGCUCCCGGCUCGGAGGUGAGGGCUCGCUGCCACGGGCCCGACGCUCCCCCGCGGAGCACCCGCCAGCGCCGGAGAGGUCCGGGGCCGAGCCCGGCGGGACUUCGCUCCUCUUCCUCCACCGGCGACACCGCAGCCGUUUCCGGCCGGGCGCGGCUGCCGGCGGAGGAUCUUGCCUAGCCAAGAUGCCCAUCAAUGUUGAUGAUGUGAUGCAGCUGUUCUGCCACCUCUCCCAGGAGAAGGGGAUGAAAGCUGCUGUCAAGCACUCUGGUCGAGGAGCACUGCUGGCAGGUGCAACAGCUUUUAUUGGGGGUCUGAUGGGAGGUCCACCUGGAAUCGCUGUAGGAGGAGCAUUUGGUGGCUUACUUGGUGCCUGGAUGACGAGUGGACAGUUCAGGCCAGUCCCUCAGAUUUUACUGGAAUUGCCUCCUGCUGAGCAGCAGAAACUCUACGAUGAAGCCAUUGUUAUUCUCAGGAGCUUAGACUGGACUGACGUUGCUCAGCUGACUGCUCUUGUAAUGGGAAAUGCUAGUCUCCAGCAGAAGCUGACAGGAGUGCUGAUAAAUUACCUCUCCAAAGAGCUAAGAGCAGAGAUACAGUAUGGAGAAUAAACCUUUCCAGAGCAGGCUUUUUAGUGUAAUGAAUUUUACUUUGACAGUUGCAUACUUCAACAUAACAAUUACUGGUUAUCUGUACUAAUUGCGAACAUAGGCCAAUUAAGUAUUGUUUUGGGGUUGAUGUCUGGGGUUUUGUUUUGUUUGUUUGUGUGUUGCUGGGAAGGGGUGUGUGUGUCAGGAUGAGAUUAAUGCACUAUCCUGCCACUGACUUGCUAUGUAAUGUUGAAUUAUUCUGCACUUGACUGAAUUCAGAAUCACUGCAGGGAAUUAGGCUUCCCUUACGUUAAUGUAUCACUAGUUAAAAUUUCCAGGUGACUGUUUUAUUUAGGGGAUAUAAUCAUGUUUAAGUGCUUUAACUGCCUUCUGUGAAUGCCAUAUAGGUGUUGCCAAAGUAGCUAGGGCACUUUGAAGAAUUUUACCUUGUUUUGUUUUUUUUUUACCUGAUUUAGUCCUUCAAAAGAGGAGUACAAGAAAAUACAUUACUGUGAACUCAAAGAUCUCCAAAGUACUCACUUUAGUCUUUGUUGCUUUUAAGCGGUAAUUCUUGAGUUAUUUAUUCCUUUCUGUAAGAAGUGAAUCCGAUGCCUAAACAAGAUUUAAGGGAACAGGUAAACUGUUCACAAUUAGUAAUUCCUGGUGCCCUAGAAUGGGAAAGCAUGGCAAGAUUACUCUGAGUUUAAAAGAGGGGAGUUAAAUCUGCAUUUUUUAUACUAUACCAGGAUUAGGGUUGCCAUUUCAGCCCUGGUUUCUUGACUGCCUCUGAACAGCUGGUCCUCUGUUUUCAUUAAAUUAUUCUUAAGAAGCA